AUGAAGUCAGAGCCAGCAGGGCCAGCCGUGGAACACGACCUUCCUGAAGUAGCAGUCCGUCUGGGUGGGAAUCAAGUCAUCACGCUUCAGCGCUUCAUCCAGGAAAGGCUUCAUACGCCUGCCCUGAUUGAAAUUACUAUAGAAGCUGUUUUGUCGGACAGAAAGAAGCGACAGAUCAAAAAACACUGUGAGCUUGCAAAACAUCUGGGGUGCACACCAGUCCUUUUCUUCAACGGAAUGGAGGAACAGAAGAAAGCGGAGAAGCUGCAGGUGGCACUGCAACAGCUUCAAGGCAGUGCCCCAGCGCAACCGACAGUCAUUUGGGCCUGUCAACUUCGCAAGGACGACGACUUCGAUGAAGCCUUCAUGUUCAUAUGCAAGUGCUUCUGUCCACGUGACGGGUCUACGAUUGAGGUCGUCGGCAGUGCCUUUAAAGUCAGAGGGGCCAUUGCAGAUGCGGCGGUGGAUGACCUCAAGAAGGCAAUCAAAGCGGAGAAGCCAAACCGAGUCAUGUGCGACGCAGAUGAAAUUGACAUCUACAGCCGGAAGGAGAGCUUUUUACGUCAAACUCUCCCACCUGGCCCUCCCUGUGCCGCGUCUCAGCUUGACUUUGCAGGACGAGAACUGGGUGAAGGAAGACGAAGACAAUGA